UGGGUUUGGUCUUGGCAGUGACGGUGUUUAUUUUGCCCCGGAGCUGUGUUCCGUGGGAUUGUGCAAAGCCUGGGAACAGUGAGGGCAUUAGGACCAGGAGCGAGGCGCACGCUUGGCUCCGAUGUGUCUGGCAGAGGGCUCUCAGCUGAGCGCAGAGCUAUGUGUGAAAGGAGAUCAGGCGCUGCCUGCCGGCUUCACAUCUGUUGAUCUGACCUGACUUGAAGCGUCCAAAGGAGGACGACUGUCAGCUCUGCUGGACCGAGGACCCACCAGCUCCCUCCAAGACAUCGCAUAGCAACCUGACCAAUCAUGCGAGGGGGGGAGAUGAAACACGUGGGACUAGACACCUGAGCAGAAUGGAAUAAUUUUUUUUCCCCAAGGAGAUAAAAGGGGUAAAAGGGGCAAAACAAUUCCAUGUGAAGACCCUGUGAAUGGGCUUUCAGGAGGCAAUUAACAGGAGUCCACUCAGAGAGGAGCCAGGGUGGGACCUGGGUCCCGUGGCUUUCUGAUUGUAAGUGGAAGUCACUCUUACACAGAUGUCAGAUGGGGGGGAAAGGAGCAGGUUAAGUGACCAGCAAAAAACUUCCAGGUGGAACUAGGAAGCCAGGUUCUCCUGCAAGCCUGAAGGAACCUGGAGCGGGAGGAGGCAGCGAACUCGAAUAUGACCUGUUGCAUUUGGCAAGUUCCAGCAACAUGCUCCUAAGGAAGCGAUGCAGGCAUGGAUCGUGCAGACUGCAGUUCCUGCUGCUCUUGCUGAUGCUGGGGUGCGCGCUGCUGAUGGUGGCCAUGCUGCACCCUCCGCCGCACGCCCCGCACCCUGCGGCCACAGCCCGGGCCGCCCAGCGCAGCCCGGAUGCUGGGUAUCGCCUGGACUUCGGGGAAUCCCAGGAAUGGGUGCUGGAGGCCGAGGACGAGGGCCAAGAGUAUGGCCCCCUGGAGGGCCUGCCCCCCUUUAUCUCGCUGCGGGAGGAUCAGCUCCUGGUGGCAGUGGCCUCGCCCAGGGCCAGAAGGAACAAGACCCAGGGCAGGAGAGGUGGGACCUACCGGCUCAUCAAACAGCCGAGCAGAAGGCAGGAUGAAGAGGCUCCAGGGAAGGACUGGGCAGCCGAGGAGGAGGAGGAUGGGGAGGUAGCUGAAGAUGAGCUGACCCCGCUCAGCCUGGAGGAGGCGCUCAGUGCCCGCAUCCCCCUGCAGAGGGCGCUGCCCGAGGUACGGCAUCCACUGUGUCUGCAGCAGCCCCCCUGGGACAGCCUGCCCACAGCCAGCAUCAUCCUCUGUUUCCACGACGAGGCCUGGUCCACCCUCCUGAGGACGGUGCACAGCAUCCUUGACACGGUCCCCAGGGCCUUUCUGAAGGAGAUCAUCUUGGUGGACGACCUCAGCCAGCAAGGACAACUCAAGUCUUCUCUCAGCGAAUACGUGGCCAGGCUGGAGGGGGUGAAGUUGCUCAGGAGCAACAAAAGGCUGGGUGCCAUCAGGGCCCGGAUGUUGGGGGCCACCAGGGCCACCGGGGAUGUGCUGGUCUUCAUGGAUUCCCACUGUGAGUGCCACCCAGGCUGGCUGGAGCCCCUCCUCAGCAGAAUAGCUGGUGACAGGAGCCGGGUGGUGUCUCCAGUCAUAGAUGUGAUCGACUGGAAGACUUUCCAAUAUUACCCCUCCAAGGACCUGCAGCGCGGGGUGUUGGACUGGAAGCUGGAUUUCCACUGGGAGCCUUUGCCGGAGCGAGAAAGGAAGGUCCUCCAGUCCCCCAUCAGCCCCAUCAGGAGCCCUGUGGUGCCCAUUGGGGUUGUGGCCAUGGACAGACAUUACUUCCAAAACACUGGAGCCUAUGACCCUCUCAUGUCACUGCAGGGUGGCGAAAACCUCGAACUAUCUCUCAAGGUCUGGCUCUGUGGUGGCUCUGUUGAAAUCCUGCCCUGCUCUCGAGUGGGGCACAUCUACCGAAAUCAGGAAACCCACUCCCCCUUUGAUCAGGAGGCUACUGUGCGGAACAAGGUUCGCAUCGCUGAGACCUGGCUGGGCUCAUUCAAAGAAACCUUCUACAGGCACAGCCCAGAGGCCUUCUCCUUGAGCAAGGCCGAGAAGCCAGAUUGCACAGAACGUCUGCAGCUGCAAAGAAGGCUGGGGUGUCGGAUGUUCCACUGGUUUCUGGCCAACAUCUACCCUGAGCUGUACCCGUCUGAGUGCAGGCUGAGGUUCUCUGGAAAGCUCCACAACACCGGACUUGGCCUCUGUGCAGACUGCCAGGCGGAAGGGGACAUCCCGGGCUGUGCCAUGAUGCUAGCUCCUUGCAGCGACAGCCGGCAGCAACAGCACCUGAAGCACACCAGCAGGAAGCAGAUCCACUAUGGCAGCCCACAGCACCUGUGCUUUGAUGUCAGGCAAGAGCAGGUGAUUCUUCAGAACUGCACCAAGGAAGGCCCUGCUAUCCAUCAACAGCACUGGGACUUCCAAGAGAAUGGAAUGAUUGUCCACAUUCUUUCUGGAAAAUGCAUGGAAGCUGUGGUGCAGGAAAACAGUAAAGAUUUGUACUUGCACCAGUGUGAUGGAAAAGCCAGCCAGCUGUGGCGAUUUGACAAUGUCAACACUGUGGAUGAACGGUGACUGUCAAAGGGAAAACAGAAGUUUAGUCAUCGCAGUUCAGCCCCAAGAGAACUGAAAGAGCAUGUUUAUUUCAUGAAGCAGACCCUUUUGUGUUUGUGCUUCUGGUGACAGUAGAAAAGAAAGCUCCGUGAAUGAAUAUAGAAAGUCUUUGCUUCUUACACCUUAUUGCAUUGACUGCUGGCUGUUUUAGAAAAAGGAAAAAAAAAAUCAUUGCUCAUUGUCUUCAUCACUGGUAGAUGGUCAUUACAUAGUAUGGAAGAUUAGGGUUUUUUUUUUCCCAUUGAGCACUUGAUAAUUGUUUUUUAUCUCUGACAAAAGAAAGAGGCAUGGGCAGUCUCUGGCAACAUCUCCAAUGAUACAUAAAUCUAAUAGAUAAAUCUUUUGCAAAUGGCCUUACCUUGGAUCCUCUGUGUAGCCAACCAUGAAAAUUCAAGUGUGAAGAGGAUAUAAUGGCCUGACAUCCCAAAAACUUUGGAUUAAGCUCAUUAGGACAAAUUCCAUGUUCACUGGCUGAGCCAUAGCUCAGAAGAAGAAAGGGAGGCCACUGAGGAAGAGUAGAGUUGAAAAGAAGAUGGAAGAGCUUUGACCCAAUUCUCCAGCUCAGCUUAGCUGGAAAGUCAGCAGACCUGGAAUAGGAUGUUUUCAUGUAAAUGAGAAUUUCCUCCAUACUUUCUACCUCCAUUCUCCCUGCCCUAGCCCUUCUCUAGCUUGGCUAACCCCAACCAGAAUCUCAUGCAAUGUAUUUCUCUUUAAUCAUUGGUAUUGGAAGGGUCAGCUUGGACUGAGCAUUCCCAGUAACAAAGUAUAUACAAUUGAGAAAUUCUCCUGAUGCCCUGUCAUAGGAUUUGCAUUGACUGAAUCAGAAAUAGCAACCUCCAUAAAGAAACAAGCCUCCCCAGAAGGGACAUGCCUGCACUUGAGCCAAAACUCAUAUGAAAGGAACAAGAGUUGGGUAUCAAUACCCAUUAGGGCUGAUGUGGCCAUUUCUGAGCCUGGGAUCCCCAAAUGUGCCUGCAGGUUGAAUGUUCAUAACUGGGGGAGGAACAUGCCUCAGCUAGAGCAGAGCCAGUGCUAGCAAGAGCUGAAGGGCUCUCCUUGCUGUGACCUGGCCUACCUAGUUUGGCCAUAGGGAGCUGUUGAGUGAAGUUGAUUGUACUGUUAAGAAGACACCAUUUAUCCCCCUGUUUCUCCUCUAAGUAGAGUUUGAUCUCUACACGGUCAGCUUAGAAACCUCCCUUCAAAGAUAUUAUCUCCUCUGGGCUGUCUCAGAAUUUAGAGUGUUUCAAAUAAGAAAAACUAGGUAGGAAGUGAGGGUUUCUAAGCAAUGCCUAUCAUAAUUAUGUAUUCUUUUUCCAUCAGCUUAAGUCAAUAGCCCACUGCAUUUUUCCUUCCUCAGAAUACACUCCAGACCUGUGCUGUCUACAGUAGCUAUUAGCCACAUGUGGCUAUUUAAAUGUUAAAUUAAAUGUUAAUUUUUAAUAAAAAUUAAAACUCAGUUUCUCAGUUGUACUGGUCACAUUUCUAGUGCUUAAUAGCUGCUUGUGCCUAGUGGCUACUGUAUUGGAGAGCACAGAUAUAGAACAUUCUAUCACUGCAAAUAGUUCUAUUGGGUAGUGCUGAUCUCGAUAGAUUCAUCAGCCCAUUGAGAGAAGAGAUUUUAGCCACUGUCUGCGUCCUUCAGACGUUCUAUAUUUAAAACAAAUUCUCCUAACAUCCUGAGGCUGAGACGGAGCUAAAAGUUCUCAGAUGGCAACCCUGUAAAUGGUAUUAAUAGUUGCAAACUAAAAAUUAAACAAGACCUCUAUUUUUUUAAGUAAACUUAAUUAUUGGCAUUGUGAGUGUUUGAAGUUGCUGGAAUAAAUUAAUAUUAUUAAAUAAAAGGCUGAAUUCAAUUGUG